AUGGACCUCGACGCCGGCGCCGACGACUUCUUCGCGGCGCUGAACAACGGCGCGGCCGAGGACGUAUUCGCGGGCUUCGGAGCCGCCGAGGCGGAGGCCAGCGCGGCCGCAGACGCCGCCGACCGCCCCUCGCUGGACGACGAGCCGCUCGUGAUGGUGGACAAGAAGAAGAAGGCGGAGGCGGCCAAGAAAGCGGCCAAGAGGGAGGCGGCAGCGCGCGCUGCUGCGGCCAAAGCUGCCAGACAAGCCGACGAACCGGCGCUGCCCAUGGAGGAGCGCAUCGUGAACCUGCUGGUGCCCGAGCUCAAGGUGAACGACGUGAUGCUGCUGAUCCGGAAGAUGAAGCAGGCGGGCAAGUCGGACGCCGACGAGUUCUCAGAGCUCGACGCCGAGCAGAAGACAGCGCCGCGGUUCCGCUGCGAGACGUGCGGCAACACAGAGCAGAACAACUUCAUCACGGACUAUGCGCGUGGAGACACGAUCUGCAACGGUGUGGAUGGCAACGGAUGUGGUACCGUGGUGCAAGACCACAUUGUGCACGAAGGAAGUGCGUACCGUAAGUUCGAAGGCGAAGAGGACAAGUCGCACCACGGUCCUGCUCCGAACAAGCUCUUCUCGACGGGACACAACUUGCGCACGCUGAUCUCGCAGGACGGCGAGAUGGCUGGUAACUUGAGGCGAGCUGCGGAGUUCGUGGAGAUGAACUUGAGUCAGAUGGGUAAGGACGAGCGGAGGACGCGUAUUGGUUACAAGGACCAGAUGAAACAAAAAGCUUGCCGUCUUAUUGACCACACGAUCAGUAACUUGGAUCUGCACGAGAUUGUGGGCAGCCGCGCCAAGAAAAUGUUUGCCGAAUUCCGUGAUGUCCGUGAACACGUGCACCAAUUUGACGCCAUGGUGGCAGGCUGCGUCAUUGCCGCCUACAUGGAGACGAGCAAGGAAAUGUACUCGGCGCAAAAUGGCAUCCGUAUCGGCCAAAACAAGCAGGCGGGCAUUGCCAAUUUGGCUCUGCUGCCGAACAAGGCCGUGGACGAGAAGAAGCUGCACCCGUUCACGUGCCCGCUGUGUGAUAUGAAGUUUAACGCACGUCGCGGUAUGCAGUUCCACAAGUGCGCUGGCAAGCCCGACGAGGACCAGGAGAAAACGUUGAACACCACCGAUUUGGCGCCGGUGGUGCUGCCCGAUGAGCUCCAGCCUAUCAUCGAGAUGAAGAACGGCAAGAAGUGGUUCAAGUGCCCCGUGUGCUCACGCGUGUACGGGAAGGAGGAGAGCUUGUCCGAGCACAUGGUGCGGCACAAGAACCAGAGCAAGAAGCGCAAGCACCAUAUAGAAACGAGCACGAUCGACUCGACGCGUCUCGCCAAGACGACGAAGCUGGCGUCAGCGAACCCUUCAGUGCAGGUCAACACGCACGAGCAGGUCAUGUUCCGUGGCGAGGGUCGGCGGGUGUGGCUUCAGCAUCUGACCGAAGACUAA